AUGGCUGCAAUCUACACAGUCUUUACGAGCCCAACGCAUGCUCCUAUCCCAAAUCAUCUUCCUACUUUGAUUGUAACACCACACGGCCAGCCUUCCAACAUUCUCUAUUCUUAUCUCCACACAAACUUUAACACAGAAAACUACCUGCUUACCCCGUCACCACAAGGAGAUCUCUGUGUGGCCAAGCUAUUCCCACCCAGACCGCCAGCUUCCGGAAAACCAAACGCAUCAGAUCCCGGUCAUGGUUCUGCGUCGUCGCGCGUCGUGCGCUGUGAAGCGUCCCGAAAUCUAAAAUGGUCCAUUGCCAACACGGGCGUCAUGUCUCCCAUUUAUAAAUUGUCCCUCCCAUCCCCAGACUCUGCCGACCUCCCCCUUUUCCAAAUCUCCAAGCCCAACCCAAAUGCCACCCACUGGAGCAUGUUCUAUUUCGCCUAUGCUGGCCACCUCAUCCCUCCGAAGCGCAUCGAAUUUGGCAAGAUUCAAAAGAAUCCCGCCACCUCGGGCGGCGGCACCAGAAUCUCCAUCACCGGAAAGACGGCAGAGGAAAAGGCCGUUUGGCAGACGCUCGGCGAAGGAAACGAAGAUUGCGUGGAAUGGGUUGUAUUGUGUGCGGCGCUAAACCUCCUCGAUGACGAAAUUCUCAAAGCAGCAGAGAAGAAUGGGACUCCGAUGAGUGGUCCACCUCCAGGCGGCGCGGUACCUCCCCCGGCAGGUCGAGGAAUGCCUCCUCCAAUGCCCUCGGGUCCCGGAGGUGGUCCUGGGCCUGUUCCUCCAAGUCUACGACCUGGUGGUGGACCAGGUGGACCGCCCGCAUCUGCACAACGUAUGCAACGACCGCCUCCAAACCAAAUGCAGUCCUUCCCUCCACCAGCCGGACGCGGUUUCCCUCCCAAUGGCAUGAAUGGACCGCCACCUCCAGGGAUGAACGGUCCACCACCUCCAGGUAUGAUGGGCGGUCCGCCUCCGAAUGGCAUGCCGAUGGGUAGGCCUGGUAUGCCAGGUGGUCCACCCAUGGAUCCUCGCUUUGGGGGAGGGCACAUGCCGCAGCCAAACCCCUUGUUCCAACACGGGGGCAUGUCUGGCGGACAGCAACCGCCACCGUCUCGUCGUUUCUAA